AUGCCCUGCGAGUUUAGUUUCUUCUCAUCUGAUUGCACAAGCUCUCGUCCUCCGGCUGGAUACUCCAUCGAGUCCUCGCUUCGGGCCCGAGUCAGACGCCUACACCCCCGUCAAGUACACCGACAUCGACUACCUCGUCUUCACCGACGCCGCCCGCUUCGUCGCCGCCGACGCCUCCCCUACGACCGCGAAACCUACCGCUACACCCCUCUGCUCGCCUGGUUCCUCCUCCCCACCGCCACCUGGUUCUUUUCCUUUGGCAAGCUCGUCUUCGCCGCCGCCGACUUGCUCGCCGGCUGGCUCCUCGCCCGCAUCCUCAUCGCCGGCGAUGGCGGUGGCGGUGGCGGCCAUCCUCCCGCCGAUGCCGGUCCCGGCUCCGCUUCCGCCGUCACUCGCCGCCGCGCCCCCAUGGACCCCGCCCGCGCCUACCGCUUCGCCGCCAUCUGGCUCCUCAACCCCAUGGUCGCCACCAUCAGCACCCGCGGCAGCUCCGAAGGCCUCCUCGGCGUCCUCACCGCCGCCCUCCUCUGGGCCGUCUACCGCCGCCGCUUCGCCCUCGCCGCCCUCCUCCUCGGCCUCGGUGUCCACUUCAAAAUCUACCCCUUCAUCUACGGCCCCGCCAUCAUCUGGUGGAUGGACGAGGACCGCCUCACCGGCUCCAGCCCUACUACUACCACUGCUACCGCAACCAAGCCGCCCCCGCCUUCCCCCUUCAUGCGCGCCCUCUUCUUCAUCACCCCAACCCGCGUCAAAUUCGCCAUCAUCAGCCUCGCCACCUUCACCGCCCUCAACCUCCUCAUGUACUCCGUCUACGGCACCCCCUUCAUCCUCCACACCUUCCUCCACCACGUCUCCCGCGUCGACCACCGCCACAAUUUCAGCCCCUACAACGUCCUCCUCUACCUCUCCUCCUCCCGCCCCGCCGGCCACCACGCAUCCGCCGCCGCCCUCGCCAUCGAAUCCCUCGCCUUCCUCCCCCAGCUCCUCCUCUCCGCUCUCCUCAUCCCCCUCGUCGUCGCCAAGCGCGACCUCGCCACCUCCAUGAUGGCCCAGACCUUUGCCUUUGUUACUUUUAACAAGGUCUGCACGAGCCAGGCCCUCUGGCUCCAUCAGGCCUUCCAGCUCGAGUUCCUCGGCCGCUCCACCUUCACCCCAGGCCUCUGGGCCGCCUCCCUCGCCUUUUUCCUCGUCAACUGCUGGAUCCUCGGCAUCGUCGUGUGGGAUGGCGCCGUUGGACCCUCCGCCAGGCCCCGGCCAAAAAGGCACAAUGCAAUUUAG